AACACUCCCUAUAGCACCGUGUCCCCGUUAGCCCCUCACAGCCCUCUGCUCCCCUAAACCCCCUGCACCCACCCUAUAGCCCCAUAUACCCCGAUACCACUGCCCACUGCAGCCCCGUGUGCCUCCCUGGAUGCCCCCGGCCUUCCCAACCCCUCACUCUACAAGGCUUCCUUCCCUGUCCCGGUACUGCUCUCCGUCCCUCCCGGCUCCGGCUCCGCUGUGCUCAGCACCACUCCCUUCGUGCCGCGGUUCCGUCUCGGUGCUGCCCGGAGCUCCAGCGCUCAGCGGCGAUGCAUGCCGGCCCAGGCUGCGGGAGCGCCCCCAUCUGAGAGGAGAGCAGCUCUGAGGCGGUUGAAAAACGGCCGUCCCUGCGCGCUGCGCCUCAACCAAAGGGAGAUGGCGGCGCUGCCGCUGACCAAUGAGAGCCCGGGGGUGGGACGGACCGGGAUCUGACCAAUGAGAGCCCGAGGGCGGGAGGGACAGGCACCUGACCAAUGAGAGCCGUGGGGAGAAGGGCUUGUUUCUGGAAGGUUCUGUGCUGUGGAGUUUAUUCUGUCGGUGGGAAUGCUUGGAGAUGGUCAGCUCGUGCUGGAAAGUUGGUGGUGUUACUUUGUGAAUGAAGGUCAUUUCAGGAGUAGCUGCUGGUGGAAGGAAUGAAGUCCACGUUAAUGAACUGAAGUAUCUUCUGAAGUGCUGGCUGCUUCUGGGGGAAUCAUGCAGGAGGCUGUCAGAAAGCCAGCUGUGAUUUUCCUCACAUGAAGGGAUGCAAUGGGAAUGGACUGUCAUUGCCACCAAGCGGAAGCCGUAAGGAGGUGGAGCCGCUCAAAUACACAGAGGUGGCGGCGGCUGCAUCGGUGAGGUGGCAGACUGGGAAGGCCUGCAUAUUGGACACCACGUCCCUCGUCUGCCACUGCCUGAGGAAGGGGGAGGACGUUGCCUUUGUCCUGAAGGAUGUAGGUGUGCUCCUCAUCCAGGGAACCGGCGUCCAGAUGAAGUUCUACUACGACUUCCUGGAGAGCAUCAAUGGCAAAGAGAACCUGGAGAAAGUUGUUCUCAAGGUGCCCUGGCUGCUGGACCUGGUGGUGUCCAGGGUGGUGGCUGCAGCCUCCCUGAUGUCUUCUGGCCGAGCCGUCGUCUUUCCCAGUGAGUGCGUUUGCGGCUGCAGCCCUGCUUGGUGCAGCUGCUCAGCUCUGCUGCAGGAGCGUUGGCUCCUUGGCACCGUGGGCAUCCCGCCAUGGGGGGCAGCUUCAAAUGGGAGUUUGCACCCAGCCCACCGCCCGGGAAACCCUGCAGGGCCUCAGGAGCGCCGCUGCCCGCUCUCGGCCGGGACAAGAAAGGUCAGCUCGUGCUGGAAAGUUGGUGGUGUUACUUUGUGAAUGAAGGUCAUUUCAGGAGUAGCUGCUGGUGGAAGGAAUGAAGUCCACGUUAAUGAACUGAAGCAUCUUCUGAAGUGCUGGGUGCUUCUGGGGGAAUCGUGCAGGAGGCUGUCAGAAAGCCAGCUGUGAUUUUCCUCACAUGAAGGGAUGCAAUGGGAAUGGACUGUCAUUGCCACCAAGCGGAAGUGAGCUGCUUAUGUCAUGAUAGAUAUAAUCUUGGUUAUUGAUUAUGAGCAGUUGCAGUGCGAUGGGGGACCUGAAGUAACUGGGAGUUCAGGGAAGAGCCAUGAGAGGUGAAAUGGCAGUUUGUGUUUCGGCUGUCAAAAUGGCGGAGCUUUACUGGAGUGAAAGGUGUGGGCUUUGUGUAGGCAGGCCCCGGGUUGAUUUCUGUAAGCAGGCCCCCUCUCAGGUUGGUCUUUGCUGCUGUGCUGUGCCUACCUGCCUGCUCGCUGUGCUUGCUGCAUCUGGUACCAGUGGUUGUGGCCAGGCUCCCCAGGGCUGUGGGCCUGGUCCUGAGCUGCUGCAGCUGAAAGACCAUCUGCAUUUGGGUUGUCCUUCCUGGAGCAUCAGGUUGGACUUGGUGAUCCUUGUGGAUCCCUGACAGCUUGGGACAUUAUGUGAUUCUAUGAUCUCGGUGGUUUGCCUGGAAAAUACCAGGUGAUUUUCUUA